GUGAAUAACACAGUUGUAAACAAACAUGGGCGCCCACAUACGUAAACCUAAAAUAGCCAAAUACAUCAUAGUUUGCGGCACUUAUUAAUAUGACAUUUGUAUCAUAACAGUUUGUAUCUUAACAGUUUUUCAAGAUGUCGAAACAGCAAUUGAGAGAACAGAAAAGGGCGAUGAAUCGUACCCAAAGAGAGUUGGGAAAGGAUAAAACAGCCCUGGAACGACAAGAGAAGCAACUGGAAAUGGAAAUCAAGAAAAUGGCAAAGCAAGGCAAUAAGCAAGCAUGUACAGUUUUAGCGAAGCAGCUCAUGCAAGUUAGAAAGCAGAAAGCAAGAAACAUGAAUACAAGUUCAAAAGUUAUGGGAAUGAGUCAUCAAAUACAAGCAAUGCAGUCAACAUCAAAGAUGGCCAACUCCAUGGCAACAGCAACCAAGACGAUGGGAGCAGUGAAUAAGCAAAUGAAUCCACAGGAUUUACAGAGAACAAUGCAUAACUUUGAAAAGGAAUCCAUGAAAAUGGAUAUGUCUGAAGAAAUAAUGAAUGAAACUCUCGACUCUGUUUUCGAUGCUUCUGAUGAUGAGGCUGAGCAAGAUGCAAUUGUCACUCAGGUUUUGGAUGAAAUAGGCAUUGAUAUGUCAAGCAAGUUACCCUCUGCUCCAAGAGGAGCCACAGCAUCAAAAGAUGAAGAUAGUCUUAAAGAUAUUGAGGCUCAGCUUCAACAAUUACGAUCAUAGUCACUGAAUGGUGUGUCUCAAUGGUUAAGUACCUCUCGAAAAAAACUGCUCAUUGACUGUAUGUGCUAUUUAUUGCUCUGCCACUAACCAAUUUAACCAUCUUCACAAGAUUUGAGCCUACAAUCUUUAUACUCAUUUGAUAGCUAUUUGAAUAAAUUUAUAUUGCAUAUGAA